GUCAACUCAAGUUACGUGGGCCAAUGCCGGGAAGAAAGUGUCUUGAUUACCUCAGGCCACAAGGCUCCUGAUGGUAAUCAAGUGUGCAAGUGAGACUGGCUGCCACAUUUAUCAGGUGUCGACACGCGCAUUCUUGCUUUGUAAUAUCAAAUUGACAUCACCUUUCAUCGGUUCAGCCACUUUGCUCUAGCCCUAUAUGGACGCCUUCAUCUAAAUAAAGGCUUGUGAAAUUUGGUUCAUCGAUUGACUAUCGAUGAAAAGAUGGCCUCCGAAGCGCCAGGUGAGGAUCCUACCGCCAGGCGCACGCGAACGGGGAGGAAGUAUACCUCCAGGGCUUGUGAAGAAUGUCGUCGUCGCAGAGCGAAGUGCGAUGGCGUCCGCCCAACUUGCACCCGUUGUCUGGACCGAGGGGUGCGUUGCCAGUAUUCCACUGCGGAAGACGGGAGGCAGCCAGCCCCAAAGUCCUAUGUGGUGAUGCUGAGGAACCGGAUCCAGCUGCUUGAGCGUGUUCUCCAGGCUCAUGGGAUAGAUGCGGAUGCUUCUAUUGCCCAGUUAUCGGCUACCGGUCACUCUCCAGGACAACCACCCGAUUCUACCGAGACUGCGGCUGCAAAUGUCGACGAUGUCUGUUUGACUUUUGACGGUGCACUUACACUGGACGAGUCGUUGAACUUUGAUCAAGAUGGCGAAGUCAGGUACUUUGGGCCAUCAAGCGGGCGUCUGCUGUUUCGCUCACUAGAAAAUGAUUCACCCAGCGAGGAAGCACACAAUAUUGAUGUGCACUGUACUAGCUAUUAUACUGCGGAUUUAAAAUCCCCUGCAAUUCCAGUACAAGAACAUGACCCCCGGCUUCUGGAACAGGAUACCCUAGACGACAACCUGGUCUCUGAGGAACUUCAAGCCCAUCUCAUCGAUCUCUACUUUGAAUGGGAGCAGCCGUGGUUUCAAGUGGUGAACGAGAAACUCUUUCGCGAGAGUUUGAUAUGUGGUGGACGAUAUUCGAGCCCCUUGCUGUUGACCUGUAUUCUCGCUUUGGGCUCGAGAUAUUGCGACCGGGUCGAGGUUCGAUCUGAUCCAUCCGACUCAAAUACCGCAGGCAAGAGAUUCAUUGAGAGGGCUGAAAAGCUGGUUCAGAAUGAUCUGCGAUGGCCAAAUAUUACGACCAUUCAGUCUCUGGCCGUCAUGGGCUCGGUAUAUAUAGCAAUGGGGUCAGACGCCGCGGGAUGGCUUCACCAAGGGAUGGCCAACCGCCUCGCUCUUGAUAUGGGCUUCAAUAUGGACCCGGCAGUUCUUGCGGGAGCUGUUGCUCUCCCAGCUAUCGAAAUUGAGUUGCGAAGGCAGAUAUACUGGGCUCUAUACUGCCAUGACAAGCUGUCAGCUAGCUAUACGGGCCGAGUCUGCACAUUAUUGGAGUCUCAAGGCGCAGUGAAAAAGCCUUUCCUACAGUGCGUCUCUGACGUACAUCUCCCGUCUGCUGAUGGGAAUUUACGAAGUGCAUCCCAGAAAAGCGUUGUACAAUUACAUAGAGCCAUGAUCGACCUAUGCCGAAUCCUGGAGAAAAUCCUCCUAUCUCUCUGGUCUCCCAAGCCCCUUAUCCACGCCCAUCACCGAUCAGCCUUUUUCGAAUCCUGCGCACUCGAACUCAAAACUUGGUACUACGACCUUCCCUCCGAGCUGAAAAUCGAACGGCCAUCGGGUCCAUCGCGAUUCGCUCAUACUUAUAUCCUCUGCAUGACCUAUCACACAGCAUUUCUCCUACUCUGUGGCCCCUUUCUCAGCAGUAACACAUCACCGAAGAACGAAGAGCACAAAAAGUCAGCCGAAAAACACGAAAAAUCACCGGGAAACCCCACUUACCAAAAGGCACUAACCGCCUGCAACGCCUCAGUACGAUUAAUCAUCUCCGUCGCGCAGAAAUACAGACAAACAUUCGGCAGCUUCAAGCUCAGCCCGAUGACGGCCACGUACUGCACUUUGUCAGCGGCAUUGAUCAUCAUUGAAAGAUGUUGCUCGCUGGAGAACUACGGUAAACCACUCAGCCUCUCCGAAGAAGGUGCUCGGCUUUCCCCUCAUGCAGCAGCUGGGCUGUGUUUCCAGGUUCUGAGGGAACUUUCUACGUCCUGGCAUAUCGCGAAGCGCAUAGGUAAGAAUCUCGAGAAGGUUUAUUGUGAUCGCUUUGGACCGCAUAUACCGUCUCCGCCGCAUGAUUACAGACCUCCUCCGUGUCCGGUUGCGUGUCAGCCUAUGGAUUCUAAUCAGGCAUUGGAGUUUGGGAUCGUUCCAAUGCAGGCGUUUGAUGCCUUCUUUGAUCCAAAAGGCCUUCCGGCUGAUCCUGAAAAUCUGGUUCCGGCUUAUGAAAGUGCCUUGGGCCAACCCGCCAUGCCUGCGUUUGAUGAAGUGAAUAUGGAUGUGCUUCAGAAUUUUCCAAGCUCCGUGGAGCUGUUUGCCAGCGGUCAUGGUGUUGCUUUCUCACCUAACUGUUUGCCGAGUGAUUACAACAUGUUCGAAACUCUAAACCAAAUGUACUUAGAAGAGACGUGGUGAUGGACAGAAUUUGAAAGAAAAGUCACUCGACGAUUCAAUACUUGGUUCGCACUCGUACGUAAUCCUUCUAGCUUCCAUAGUUGGACAGGAUGACAAAAUCCUGAUCUAUGGUUCCGUCAUGCCC